UGAUUUGGGGUUAUGUAAUCUAGAUUAUAUGUAGUCACAAUAUUACCCAGCACUGGUUUUCAGAUAUAAGUAAGAAAUAUUCAGAAGGGAAGUGCCAUAGGCCUUUAGAUGGUUUCCAGAAACUUCAAGAAAGAAAGAAAGUAUGUCUGUAGUGUUUUGUUUUAAAUUUAUUGUCUGAAUUAAGGGCCUCAUUCUAAUAGUCCACCACUGUGCAUAUUAGUGAUUACUAUUUUAAAUCAACCCUUUAAAAUCCCAGGCUUAUUACAUACAAAGGCUUAUUAUUCAGUAACUACAGGGACCCUAGUGCAAACUGUCUGAGCUAUUCUUUGGUUAUAGAAGCGUGUAAUAAAACCUUGGGCCCACCAGUGGGCCCUGGCCAUUUAAAGGGUUGAGAUUGUAAACUGAACUGACAAGGGUGUUAAUCAACUAGUCAUAAAUGAUGUUGAAUUAAAUUGGCUAUAUAUUCUGUUAUGUCUGACUGUGAGGUUGUAACGCAUUCAAAAAUGUAUAAAAGAGCUCUACGCUGUGGUUGCUGACAUUAAGGACACAUUCUGACACAUCUCUGUGAAAGCAGAGCUCACUGUGGUAGGGAGGAAAUGGGGUUUUGAGGAGGAGCGUUUACCACUUAAACUCCUGUUCCUCACCGAAGAGAACAGAUGCUCUCUCUGCUGCAUCAUGGCUCUCGUCUCCCUGCUUCUGCUGGCUGCCCUGCUGCCGUACCUGAGCCACUCUGCCAGUGUAAAUGUUGAGAUAGUGAAUGGUACAGUGGCUAAACCCCACUCCAGGCCCUACAUGGUUUCUGUUCAAGCAAAUAAAAAUCACAUGUGUGGUGGGUUCCUCGUGUCUCCGCUCUUUGUUAUGACGGCUGCGCACUGCUGGGCAAGUCUGAAAGAGACAGGAGUGACAGCAGUGAUUGGCGCUCAUGAUCUCAAUGCCAAUGACUUUGACUGCAUACCUGUAAAGGAGCACUACAUACAUCCAAACUUUACACAUGGCAAUAAUCCGAGCAAUGACAUCAUGUUGUUGAAGCUAGGAAGGUCAGCUAAAAACAGCAAAAACGCUGCUUUGAUUUCCAUCCCUAAAAUAACCGGAGACGUGAACGAGGGUACACUCUGCAGUGUAGCUGGGUGGGGACGCACAAGAACCAAUGGAACUCCAAGUAAUGUUCUUUUGGAGGCCAAAAUUAGAGUCCUCAGCAACAAUCAAUGCAAAGCUCAUUGGGACUACAAGAACAUACUAUGUGCUGGUGGUCUUCAUCAAGGAUUUUGCAUGGGAGACUCUGGGGGUCCUUUGGUGUGUAACAGCAUUGCAGUCGGUAUUGCUUCUUUCUUUGACCAAAACAACUGUGAUACUCCCAAAAAACCAAACGGCUACACCAAGAUUUCUGCCUUCCUGCCCUGGAUCAGGGGUAUAAUACAAGGAACGAAAUAAUUUCAAUUAGUAAACGAUAUUCUUUGUUCUGACAUGACUGUCAAACAAGUAAAUCCACUAUAAAAAAAGGCCUUUGACUGGUUAUAUAGGUUGUUUGUUGAAGAUGACAGUAAAUUCUAUUUUGUUAGACUUAUAUAUAAAAAAAUAAAAUGUUGAAAAUUGAGAUAAAAUAUGGCUGAAACACACCUUUGACUUGUAAUGAAAUAAGCGCUGUCCACCACCUGCUCACCAUCACCUGCAUCUUUCCUGCUUUAAUGUAUUUAGUAUACUACCAGAAAUUGGUUAUUUCAGUAUAAAUAAGGUGCUUCGUUUCUAAUAAAGUCAGUUGUGAAUUCA